AUGGGCACCAAGUCGAUACCUCCAUCAGUAAUCCGCCAGCGUAUUGCGACACCUAAGAUAAUCCUCUUCGGCGACUCACUUACCGAACUUAGUAGCGACCAAUCCCUAGGGUUCGCAUUCGCGCCUGCUCUACAACAUGAAUACUUCCGAAAACUCAAAGUAGUCGUGCAUGGAUACGGAGGGUACACGACGGAGCAUGCUCGGCAUAUUCUUGGUCCUAUCCUCGACUACGAAGCCCCUUCCGGCGAUGCAACCGAAAUCAAACUUCUAAGCAUCUGUUUCGGCACAAACGAUGCUACAAAGAACGAUUAUCAGUUUGUUCCACUACCGCGAUAUAAGGAGAAUUUAGAAGAUAUGAUAUUGCUCGCCAGACAAAGAAAUAUCCCAACAAUUCUAAUCAGCCCUGGCCCGAUCGACGAAUACUCUGCAAAUGGUACUGAGGAAUGUGGUAGAUCGACACUGAGAGCACGUCAGUAUGCGGAAGCCUGUCAGGAUAUUGCAAAGGAUAAUGGGAUUCCUUUUAUUAACCUCUGGGAGGGCCUUCUUCUUGCUGAAGGGUGGGAUUACGGAGAUCCCAUAAUCGGGAACAGAGGAGAAAUGGCAGACAGACAUUUGCGGUAUAUGUUAACCGAUGGGGUGCAUUUCUCAGGCAAAGCAUAUCGAGUUUUGUUUGAUCUUUUUCUGAAUACGGUUCGAGAAAAGUUUCCAGACUUACGGACAGAGAAUUUGGCCACAACGUUGCCACAUAUUUAUGAUAUAGAUCGUGCGGAUAUUGCGAAUUCUCUGUGGCAGGAAGUGAAACCGAAGACCUAG